AACCCAUGUCCACUUGAAUAAACUGUACACAACAAUGACCCCCUGUACACUCACCUCUUCAGACUCUAGGGGGCAACGUCGCAAUACUUUUAGGAAUAGACGGACUUCACCACCGAACAACAGAGUUUCUAAACCCGACACGGGAAGUAGGAAGUAGCAAUAACUUUGCAGCUGGCUAGCGAUCUUUACAGUGGAUGUGUCAAAAUAAUUUUUGAUUGACCAAAAAAUAACGUCUCGUCAGCUAGCCUGAGUCAUUGGAUCAGCCAUGGGAAAGGGUGGUGGAACAUUUGAGAGGCUUCUUGAUAAAGCCACCAGUCAGCUGCUGCUGGAGACAGACUGGGAGUCCAUCCUGCAGAUCUGUGAUCUCAUCCGUCAAGGAGACACACAGGCGAAGUAUGCCAUCGGAGCCAUUAAGAAGAAGCUGAUGGAUAAGAACCCACAUGUGGCCCUCUAUGGUCUUGAGGUGUUGGAGUCAGUAGUGAAGAACUGUGGGCAGACGGUCCAUGAUGAGGUGGCCUGUAAAACCACCAUGGAGGAGCUGAAGGAUCUACUGAAGACGGAGCCGAACGUGAGGAAUAAGAUCCUUUACCUGAUCCAGGCCUGGGCCCACGCCUUCCGCAACGAGCCCAAAUACAAGGUGGUUCAGGACACGUACCAGAUCAUGAAGGUGGAGGGUCACGUGUUUCCAGAGUUCAAGGAGAGUGAUGCCAUGUUUGCUGCAGAGAGAGCACCAGAUUGGGUGGAUGCAGAGGAGUGUCAUCGCUGCCGCGUUCAGUUUGGAGUGAUGACUAGAAAGCAUCACUGCAGAGCCUGUGGUCAGAUCUUCUGUGGGAAGUGUUCCUCCAAGUACUCCACCAUCCCCAAGUUUGGCAUCGAGAAGGAAGUGCGUGUGUGUGAGCCCUGCCACGAGCUGCUCAACAACCACCCUUCCCUCUCUCCCCCGCCUAGGAAAGCUGAAGGGGGUAAACCCGUCGGGACAUCCACCUCCGUGGCCCCAGGCCCGGCAGAGCUGCCGCCAGAGUACCUGACCAGCCCCCUGUCCCAGCAGUCUCAGGUAGUGGUCCAGGAAACAGUGCCCCCCAAACGGGACGAGGCGGCCCUGCAGGAGGAGGAGGAGCUUCAGCUGGCCAUCGCCCUAUCACAGAGCGAGGCUGAGGAGAAGGAGAGGAUGAGACAGAAGAACUCGUACGGGGUCUACCCCAAAGCUGACCCCGCCCCAGUCACCUCCUCAGCCCCCCCCGUCAACUCACUCUACUCUUCUCCUGUGAACUCCUCUGCUCCCUCAGCUGAAGAUGUGGACCCCGAGCUGGCUCGCUACCUGAACAGAACGUACUGGGAGAAGAAACAGGAAGAGGCACGCAAGAGUCCCACCCCCUCUGCCCCUGCCCCCGUACCAUUGGCUACUGAGCCCCUGCCAAUCAGCCAGCCCCAGCCAGUGGAAACUGUCGCACCACUCCCAGCUCAAGUCGUCAUGGCCCCGCCUCCAGUCAACGUAGUGGAGCAGCAGUAUCAGAAUGGUGAGUCGGAGGAGAACCACGAUGCGUUCCUGAAGGCUCUGCAGAAUGCGGUCACCACCUUCCUGAACCGUAUGAAGAGUAACCACAUGCGUGGUCGCAGCAUCACCAACGACAGCGCCGUGCUCUCCCUCUUCCAGUCCAUCAACACCAUGCACCCCCAGCUACUGGACAUCCUCAAUCAGCUGGACGAGAAGAGACUGUACUACGAGGGUCUACAGGACAAGCUGGCCCAGGUGCGUGAUGCGAGGGCCGCCCUGAACGCCCUACGAGACGAGCACAGAGAGAAGCUGCGUUGUGCUGCCGAGGAGGCAGAGAGACAGAGACAGAUCCAGCUGGCCCAGAAACUGGAGAUCAUGAGACAGAAGAAACAGGAGUACCUUGAGAUGCAGCGUCAGCUGGCCAUCCAGCGGCUCCAGGAGCAGGAGAAGGAGAGACAGAUGAGGCUGGAGCAACAGAAACACACCAUCCAGAUGAGAGCCCAGAUGCCUGCCUUCCCCAUGCCCUACCCACAGAUGCAGUCUUUGCCCCCCAACGUGGCAGGAGGGGUGGUGUACGGGCAGCCGGGGGGACCCCCCAGUUACCCAGGCACCUUUAGCCCCUCAGGGUCAGUGGAGGGGUCGCCCAUGCACAACGUCUACAUGAACCAGCCUGGACCAGGACAGUACCAGGCCAUGCCUCCAGACCCCAACAUGUACAUGUACCAGCCUGCAGGAACCAAUGGGCAGCCUGCACUCCCUGGCCAGGCCCCGCCCACCACUAGCCCCGCCUACUCUAACUACCAGCCCACACCCACACAGGGAUACCAGCAGAACGUGGUGUCCCAGGCCCAGUCUCUGCCCCCCAUGUCCCAGCCUCCCCCCACUAACGGUAUGUCCUAUGUGGCCUACCCUCCACCUUACGCCAUGCAGAAUAUGAUGGCAGCCCUACCUGGGCAGGACCCCAACAUGCCCCCACAACAACCCUACAUGCAGGGCCCAGGACAACAGCCCAUGUACCAACAGAUGGCUCCCCCUGGUGGCCCCCAGCAGCAGGUUCAGCAGCAGCAGCCUCCGCAGGUCCAUCCAGGCAGCGAGGCACAGCUCAUCUCCUUCGACUAG